AUGGACCAUGUAUGCAUCCAUCCCAAGUUCCUUCAUUCUAAUGCAACAAGCCACAAGUGGGCUUUGGGCGCGAUAGCGGAGCUCCUUGACAAUGCGCUUGACGAGGCACCACAUGGAGCGACGUUCGUGAACAUUAAUGUUCUCAAGAAUCCAGUUGAUGGCUCGCCAAUGCUUCUGUUUGAAGGAAUAACCCAGGAUCGGUUGCGAGAAUGCAUGUCUUUUGGGUAUACUGAAAAGGAUAAAGACAACUAUGUCUGCAAUAGUACACCUUGGAUUUUUAAUGCAAGCGAGCACAUAGAUGUGCAAAGAUUCAAUGUCUAUCACAAAAAUUGGCUUAUAAAGCCUUUUUGGAGAAUCUGGAAUUCAUCAGGCAGCCAAGGACGAGGUGUCAUUGGCAUCUUUCUUACAUUCUUUGCAAAUGCAAAGAAAGUUUUGGUUAAUAUUCGCCUUUUCUGCCAUUUUACGUUUUUUACACAGGGAUAA